AACAGCGCCGCGUCCGGUAUGCAGCAACAAUUUCACAGGAUGCACCCGGUAGCGGGGGUUUAGCCGGCGGUGACCGAUAAAAUGCGAUAAACAGUUAUUCGCGUCGCGGUAAUUUCGUACUUUCGUACGGAUAAAUGCGCGAGCUGCCGUAACCGUUGGAGGACGAAAUCGCGAGAGCAACGACGAUGACGCGCAUCACCUUCCUGCAUCCUGACCUCGGAAUCGGCGGCGCGGAGAGACUGGUCGUCGACGCGGCCCUCGCCCUGCGUAAGAACGGCCACGACGUGAACUUCGUCACGACGCAUCACGACCCGGAACACUGCUUCACCGAGACAAGGGAUGGCACGAUUCCCGUCACCGUUGUCGGCAACUGGCUGCCCAGGCACGUCCUGGGCAGGUUCUACGCGCUCUGCGCCUAUCUGCGUAUGAUAUACGCAGCUACUUACAUAAUAUUCUCUGACCAACGGCCAGAAAUCGUCUUCUGCGACCUGGUGUCCGUGUGCAUUCCCAUUCUGCGACUUCGAAUUCCAUACGUGGUGUUCUACUGUCACCAUCCGGACCAACUGCUCUCUCAGCCUGGUGGCUACAGCAAGCAGCUGUAUCGCAUGCCGCUGAAUUAUCUGGAAGAAGUCACCACGGGCAUGGCUCAUAAAAUAUUUGUGAAUAGCGUUUAUACAGGCAACGUGUUCAGGAACACAUUCAAGCGACUGCACGUCGAGCCGGAAGUUUUGUAUCCCUCCAUCAACACGGACUUCUUCGACAAGACAAGAAUAGUGUCCCUGGAGAGGGUACUGGAUAGAAAACUACCGGACGACAGUAUCAUACUGUUGUCCAUCAACCGAUACGAGCGCAAGAAGAACUUGUCCCUGGCUCUGGAGGCUCUCGCAGAGCUGGAGAAUCUCCUGACGAAGGAGAUAUACAAACGCUUGUACUUGAUCGUAGCUGGCGGCUACGACAAGAGGGUCGAGGAGAACGUGGAGUAUCACUUGGAGUUGAUAGGGCUCGCUGAUGAGCUCCACGUGACGGAGAAGGUGAUGUUCUUGCGCUCGCCUUCCGACAUAGACAAGGUCUCCAUACUUCAUCACUGCAAGAUUGUAAUAUACACACCGCCGAACGAGCACUUCGGCAUCGUGCCGUUGGAGGCGAUGUACAUAGGCAAACCUGUAGUCGCUCACAAUUCCGGCGGUCCGAUCGAGUCGAUAGUAUCCGGUGAGACCGGUUUCUUGGUCGACCUGUCUGGCCAGGCAUUCGCCUCCAAGAUAGCUUACUUGAUCACUAAUCCGGAUCGCACGGAGAACUUCGGGAAAUCCGGUCGGGACAGGUUUCUCAAGACGUUCAGUUUCGCCGCGUUCAGCGCCCAACUGAACAAAGCGAUGGACGACUUGAUCGACAAGAAGGAAAAGUAACGAUAAUGAGCAGCUGUCCGGAUGAAUAUUCACUGUUCUCGACUUUUGCACAAUAUCAAAUAUAUCUCGAACGGUUAUUGAAAAUGGUACUAAGAGAAGGAGGUAAGAGAUCGCUUUCUUACAGAGUACCUGUUGCGCUUGUUAUCGAUUAAGUGUCCGACUGAAACUUAUUGCAUUUCUUACUGGACGUUUGUAAGCCCGUCCAACUUAUUUAAUCUUCCUCCUCUCUGUCUUCAUACACUUCGUUUUCAGUUUUACCUUCUUCCUCGCAGUGGGACUCGAAGCUUUCUUUGUUCGUUCUAUUUCCGAUUAACAGCCGAAGAAAACAGAAUGAAAGUGAUCAUAUGAACAAAAAUAUUGACAAUAAAUGAAGAUACCAAAAAUUUCGCAAAUAUUAAUACAUUCUGUAAAUAAAAUAUACGCUUGAAAACUCCGAUCUGACAGAGCCCAGUGUGAGGAUCAAGGAUUAUUUAUUCCUAUAUAUAUAUAUAUAUAUAUAUAUGAAUAUAUGAGUAUUUAAAGAGUUUAUAUGUAAGUUGUUAUAAAUUAUUAUAAUUAUUAUGUGUUGCGUUGUUGGAUAAUAUAAGCGGUUUUUUAAUUGAAUUUUGCAUGUAUAAUCGAUCGUUAAAACACAGACAAGCAUAAUUGUAAAUUACGCUGAAACGAAAUAAACAUUGUAUAGAUUA